AUGGCGCAAGCUGUGGGCCAUGACCAUGAGGAGGCUUUCAGCUUUCAGGCUGCCACAUUAAUGAAAAGACUAAAAAGAGUACUGGGAAAAGUGGAGAACCAAGCCGAGCAGACGGCUGGAGCCGUUGUUGCUUGCCCAAAGGUGGACAUUGGGCAUGGCGUAAGCGUCGAGCAAGGCACCCUCGACAAACUUUGCCGAGCUUGUGAAAGUGGCCCUGGCAAAUUUGCCAGGGCUCUUUUGCGAAAUGUAUUCACGCCAGAAGAACUAAGGGGCAAAACACUCCUGGGUGGAAAAAGCAACCUACACCUCAACCAACCACUCAAGGAGGCCUUGGACCCUGUUCGUGUCCAAGCUGUGAUUGACUACACAUGCUCCAAAUUUCCAUCAGCGAGCCUCGGCUACAUAAAGAAUAGCCUGUCGUCCAUGCUUGCGAGGGAGCUGAAGGAACCCGAAGUCCAAUAAACUUGUGAU